AUGACUACUCAGAAUACACAACCAAGAACAUAUGCGCGUGUAAAACCGAAAACCCGAUUAGAGGCCACCUACAGUGCUCCUAGUACUAGCACAGUGACAGCUGAACCUGUGGUUGAACCUUUAGAGAUUAAUUGGCCGCAAGCUGAUCCUGAAAUUGAUUCAUUUCAAUUGAUUGUGGAAGCUGUUCCAAAUAAAUGUUUAUCUGAGAUAUCUGGGUAUCGCAUUGUGGACUUGAAGCAUGUAAUACAGUGGGCAAUGCUUAUGGAAAGACAUCGAAAUAUGUGUGAAUCUUCACAAAUUGAUUUUGUUGGUGAAAGACUUGAUGGAUUUCGAAGUGAAUUAAUUUUCAAGUGCAAUAUGUGUGAUAAAGCAUGGAGGCAUUUUACGGAGAGCAGUGAUAAAAUAAAUACUGCAUGUGUGUGGACAACUGUCACUUCUGGUAGCUUCUACACUCAAGCAGCUGACAUAACAAGUCUUAUGGAUAUUCCAACAAUGUCAGCUAAUAAAUUUCGUCGUAUUGAAAAAAAAUUAGGCAGUGUGUGGUUCGAACAUUUGACAGAGGAAAUUAAAAUUGCUGGUGAACAAGAAAGAUCAAUUGCAAUUAAAAAAGGGCAUGUGUCUUCAGAUGGAGUUCCAUUUGUUACUCUAUAUGUAGAUGGAGGAUGGUUGAAAAGGUCAUAUGGACAUAACUAUGAUUCAUCAUCUGGUAUGAUCUUGGCCAACACUAAGCUCCCUCUUUCUGGGCGAAAUAUUUUGAAGCCGAAGGUGAUGAAGCUUACACUAGUAGCACGGAAAAUUAUCAUGCAUAGCAGUGCGCAUACUGCUAUGGCAGCAGAUUUGAGAAAUGGCCCGCUUCAUGUAUUCGGAGUACAUGAAAACUGCAAGGAUUAUUACUGCAAUAUCAAUAAAACAUUGACAGAUGGAAGUGAAAGGAAGGAAGAAAAUCUCGUAGAAAGUCUGAAAAAUAAUGCUCCAGAGGUGUGGGCUCUGAUUUAUGCAGCCAAUGAAAAAAUUGCUUUGAAGCAGGUCGUUUGUCUAAUGAGACGACAAAUGUGGCAGAAAACUUCAUGA